CAAACUCUAUUAAGCGUUUGCCCAAUUUCACACAUUAAUCAUGACCAACCUUCACAUUAUCACUCUCCUACUUCUGCCCUUAAUCUUUUCCCAAAAUGGCCAGCUUUUCCGAUUCGCCGAGGGUGGGAAGCGCAAAAUCCACAUAACGGACGAUCUCGACGGCGUGAUUGACGACGAGGAGGAUGAGGCCUGGAAGCAAUGGGGCCAGCCAUCAACGCGCUCUUCUGAUGAAUCUGAUCUACCACCGUCCGAGUUGGACAAAAUGGACGUAUGGCAGAUCCAGGAAUUUAUGAAGAAGCAGCAAUACGGGCAGGUUUUUGGAUUCGUUAAGCUUCGUUUGGGUGUUCGCCGUACUCAGGAUACGGUAGCUGAGAUUGCUAUGAAAUGGACCAAAGUUCUAAGAACUGGUGCAAUUGGGGUGAAGUUCACAGGUGUCGAUAGCAGCACAAUCAUGUUCAACCUGGAAAAAGCCCGACAUACGAAGGAGUUGAAGGAAUUCAUAUUCAAUGAACCUGAAUCUUAUGAGAUAAAGAUCGGGGAUAAAGUCUACCGUAGGCCUGGAGACCCUCCUUUGGAAGAAGUUAUUGAGCAGCUUCGAAGUGAGAAGGUGAAGGGUAAUGUUACUACUCCCUCCAAGGACAAUGAACAUGUGCAACAAGAGUUGUAGUUUUCCAGGAAUCCUCCUUUAUUGCAAAAUCAAUUUACUGUAAAUCUAACUUAUGGGUUAUGUAAUAUAACAACUCGCCAUCGGCCUUUCCACUCAUUCUCCUUAAUCUUCCUCAUUACUAUAUCAUUUAAAACCUGCAGAUGUUCUUGA